GUGAUUUGAUUGAAGCCUCCCUUCAGUCAAACAUUUGACUGCUAUUGAGUGCUAAGUCUUCGUCCGACUGGAGACAAGUGGAUGUGAUCGCGAUGUCCGACACAACGCAUACAGAUUCAGACCUCACGAAGAAGACUAAGAAAACAUGCGAAAAGAUUUCGGAAAACCUGUAUAUCUUAGGCAAUGAGCCAUCGCUGGCCUGUUAUCGGAUCCAAGAGCACUGCCAUAAAUCUGUUCCACAACUGGUCGACAAAAUGGUUGCAAUGAUUGGAGAUAUGAAGCGAAUCCAGAGCCGAUUGAAAGGAAACUUCUAUGACUUGGAGUACUCCAUAAGUGCCCUGAAAUCCAUGUCCGGCACCGAACAGUACUUCCAGAACGUCCAGGAAUUGCUUAAGAACUCAGUCUUUCUGAAGCAACAAAUCGAUUACGAAGAGAGUGUACGACAGAGGGUUUUGGCGACCGCUGGGGCCGCCUCUUCGGCCAACCAUCCCAUCAACGCAUCCAAUCGACGCGCGUUUCAGCGCUUUUCGGGUUCUUUCGAUUUGCCGACGUCUCUGAUCCCGGCGUCCAUCGCCAGCGUCACCUCCAGUGCCAGCGCUGACCUCAAAGACCUGCGAAAUGUGAUCAAUCAGUUCACGUCGACCCCAACGGUGGUCAAGAGGAACAGAACGGCCUCUCUUUCAUCCACUCAACCACUCAAACGGCACUCAGAAAUACCACAAACGAGUGGUGAGUACAGACAGACAGACCCCGACCCCACUCACAGUCAAGACAAUCAGUGA